UCAUUAGUGCCAAAGCAGCAGUCCGUCUAGGUAUUCCCUCUUCUUCCGCUACUUAGUUUGCGUUAUAACAUCUAGUACCGUGUAUUGCAUUUACACCAACCGCAUGGGUUUUGUGCUUUGUGCAUGCACUGUACAACCAACCUUAUCAACGAUGGUCCAUGUCAAUCAAAAGUUGACUCCUCUCUCUUCGAUGACUUCUGCAAUGUAUAUUGAUCCAGUGAUCACGAUUGGCUCCCAGAGAUCUAAAAGGUACAUAAACUUUGAAGAAUCACGACGGGCUUGUUCAGAACGUGAACUUGUAUCUACUGACUCGAGUUUUUUAGACUGUAGCGCUCGCUACUACUUUCCAAUAUCACAUUGGACUAUAAACAUUUAUUUACAUAAUCGGAUAUCGCUUUCAUCCAAACCACCCAGCUACUGGGCAAUCUAUUAGAAACUAUGCUAUUCACUUGCAACAAGCGCAUAGACCUGACAAUUUAGGAUACCUCUAUUUUACAACUCAUCCAAUCGCAAGUACCUAUCAUGCCACCUCACGCUUAAUCG